GUCGUGAUGACGCCCAGCCUUCUGGGAAGUGCUGCAAAUCGCUUUUCUGUGAAGAUCUUGCCGUCAUCGCCUUCGUCUUGCUUCUCCCCCGCCCAUCGCCGCAGCUUCGCCCAGCUGCGCAAUACCAAGGCUCUCAUUCAGUAUGCGAACCGCAUCCCCAAGGCAGAGCUGCAUGUGCACGUCGAGGGCACACUCUAUCCGUCGCUGCUGCACCGGUUCGCGAACCGCAAUGGCAUCCCAACAUCGGCGCUCCAGCACAAGGACCCUCAGACAGAGUACGAGUUUGAGGGCUACUCGGGCUUCAUCGACCUCUACUCGAGCAACUGCCAAGUGCUCGUCAACGAACCCGACUUCUAUGAACUGACGGUACACACACACACACACACACAGAGAGAGAGAGAGAGGGAACGGUUGGUCUGAAUCCCAUUAUGUUGUGUGGUGUGGUGUGGUGUCUGCACGAUGACAGCGGGAUUACUUCGUCCGUGCGAGGCAGCAGGGGAUCCGCCACGCAGAGGUCUUCUGCGACCCGCAGCUGCACACCAGGAGAGGAGUGCCCAUCAGCACCAUCAUCAACGGUACGUACACACCACACAGACAACGAAUGCGGCCCAAAACCCGUCUAUCUAUCUACCCACGCCCACAUGUCUGCAUGUCAUGUCUGCAUGUCUGGUUGGCUGACGCUGCCUGCAGGCAUAUGCAAUGCGAUGGACACGGCUGAGACCGAGAUGGGCGUGAGUGGCAAACUCAUCCUGUGCUACUUUGAGGAUGGUGGGCCGCACGGCCACCGGAGGAAGGGCGAGAUGGACCCGAUUGAGGAGCUGCGCAGCGUCCAGGAGGACCCCAACAUCAAGAAGGACCGGCUGGCGGGAAUCGGUGGCUACUCUUACGACCCAAAUGCCCCUUACAAACAACUCAAGCCUGGUCAGUCGACGUCAAGUGACGCCAGAGGAAACGACGCGCAGCGUGUAUUCCCUCACUGAUUGAUCCAUCCCUCCUUUGUGUGUGUCUUCAGUGUACGAGUACGCUCGGUCUGUGGGCCUCAAAACGGUCGUACACGCCGGUACCCACACACUCACGCGCUGCGCAGACGUAUCCCCUGUGAUGUGUGCUGCGCAUGCAGGUGAGUAUGGCCCUGCCAGUAGUGUGCGGGAGGCGAUCAAGACCCUGCGAGUGGAUAGAGUGGAUCACGGCGUCCGGUCAGCAGAAGACCUGACCGUGCUCCGCCUCGUCGAGCGCACCAAGACUCCACUCACCGUGUACGUAGGCUGCCUGCCUGCCACCACAGAAAGGAAAGGACAGACCGCCCUCUGCCACCCUCCUUCAUUUCAUUCGUCCAUAUAUCGAUCCAUCCACCGUGCAGGUGCCCGUUGAGCAAUGUACGUCUGGGUUUCUACGAGAGUCUCCAGAAGCACCCGCUGCGGAUGCUCAUGCAGGGGGGUUGUUUGCUGACUCUCAACUCUGACGACCCCGCCUACAUCGGUGCGUCCCUGAGCGACAAUUUCCGGUCCUGCAUCGAGCAGCUGCACCUGUCGCGGGGCGAGAUCAAGACUUUGGCUAUCAACUCUGUGGAUGUCAGCUUCGCAUCAGAUGCUAGAAAGGAGGCAAUCAGGUGCGUGAAUGGGUGGGUGAAAGGGCCGCGCGUGGCCUGCCUGGCAAAAGGCGAUGGGUCGUCUGUGCUGUGUCUCUGUCGGUGUGCAGGCAGGAGAUCGAGAAGUACGAUUCCUCGUUCAACAUGAAUUUGUAGCGCCGAUCGGCGGCGACCAGACAGAAAUGACUGCACUCGUAGGACGGAGCGAGAUGUGCACCCAUGUGUAGGUAGCCAGCCGGUGUGUCCAGGCAUUUUUCGGCCGCUGGCUCUUCCGUGUGUGUAUGUGUGAAUGUAGGUGUGUGUGUUUGUACAGUCGGUCGUCGUUUCUGUGUACCAUAUGUAUACGUCCAUAUGUCGUCCGUGCGUAGCAUAGCAUCGCAUCGCCUCAUGGAAGGGGAGCGAUCUCUCUGAUUUCUGAUGUCUUGUGUCAGUUAAGCCAUGUGGGGCAAGUUGUAUGACGGUUAAGGAAGGACGUGUCUGUCGUUGGCGUGGGAGGGACACUGCAUAGGAUGUUUGUGUGUUAAAGCACCCAUGGUGU